CAUAAUUCCUGAUAUCUCAUUAAUGUGACAAUACUGCUGCAGAGGGAAAUGAAGUCGUCAGAUUUGAAAAUGGGAGAUGGAUGAUGUUGGAAGUUUGGAAAGAGUAUUCCAAGACCAAGAGCGGAGUUUCCCGUUUGAUAUGAAUCCCCAGUUCGAACUUUCUCUCUCGCGCUCAAAGUUUCUCUGACCCCAGAUUUUCCCUCUUCAGGUUUACCACUUGCAGAAAGUCCCUCUCCAACAUCCUCUCCCUCAGACCCCCUCUGCUUUGACCUUUACCAUCCCGCCACUCAUCUCCCUCCAUCUCCCUUCAACACUUCUCAUCUCCAAACCUCUCUCGAGACUCCGCGCUCCCUCAAACCAUCUCACUUCAAACACCUUCAUCCUUACACUUACGCCUCAACCAAACGAUGACCACUCCAGACCCUACCCAGGUCCCCUCAGUCCGGUGUAGAGCUCCCCUGCUGUCGGACUAUCACCCAGAAGACCCCAGCUUUGUGGAGAUUGGAGACGUGUCUACAGUUCCCAAGUGCCACGUUGGAAGCGCUGGAAGCGAGGACAAGCAACCCGGAGAGUGGACGAAGCUGCUCUGGGAGUGCCCGUGGAAGGUCGCCCGGGAGGGAGAGAAGCCCAAGGGGAAACUUCUAUCAAUUUUCUUUGCACAGGACCCGGCACGAGAGCUGAUGGCAAGAUGGAAUUUCUUCGAGUCUGGCAAGCGCGAGGAAGAGCGCAUCCGGGAUAGGCUCUCUAACGUGGAGUCUGCUUUCAUGUACUGCCUGGGUGAAGUGCAGGAUCAGCCAUGUCGUUCCUGCUUGAAGAGCCAGGGCCCUUGGGCAAAGUGCGUAAAGCUGCCAUGGGGCACGGAGGACGCCCUUGCCUGUGCAAACUGCCGCUGGAAUGGCCAGUUCCAGAGAUGCAACUUCUGGCGGGCUGCGCAGGACCCUGGCACUUUGGCCGCCGCCGAUCGAGGCCCCCGUCGCAACAAGCCUUCGAUUACCGAUGACAUGGCCAAGAAAGCUUUCGAUGAACUUGACCGCACACGGAAAGUGUGCUACGACAUCCACGACGAGCUGGAUGCAGCCGCUGAGCACGGCAAGUUGGAUGUGGUCAAGGCGCUCGCGAGACAGCUGCGAACCUGGGCAGAUGUGACGGAUCCUUGCCACAAAAUGCUCCGAGCGAGAUUUAGCCCUGCUUCCCCUACUACUCCGCAGUAA